AUGCCAAUCCCAAUUCCACCGGACCUUGGAACCUGGACCUUGAAAUCCAUCCAUCUGAUCUUCCAUCACCAACAGCCUCGCGCCUUGUCGAAGCGCACCGCCUCUAUACCGCAGCUUCGGAGCCAUGCAGAAGAGCAUCGUCCCAGCAUUGAGCAUCAACCGACGCCUAUCGCGAUAACCCCCGACAUUCGGAGAGCGGCGGCUUCGGACAAUGCUAUUGGAUCUCUGGCAGGCGUGGGGAAGCUCUGCGAAGGUGUCGUCGAGAUGGAACGUCUGGUGAUCCCGGAUAUCGGGCCUGGCCAGCCGCGGCCGGGCUUCAAUUAUGAGUUUCUCAUCUUCAUCAUUCUGUCUGCGAUCCUCGCCAUAUUCUUCCUGCUCUACUUCAACCGAGUGUUUGGCUCCAUCGUGUCCUAUGGUAUUAGGACUUGGACUUGGCAUCGAUACCGUAUAUAUCUCGACAUCCAGGCGCUUCAGGUCUCUCUUUUAGCCGGACGAAUCUUUUUCAUGGGCUUGCGAUAUCACGGCUCCAACGAAACAUUUUUGGUACAGCAUGGAGACAUCACAUGGCGAUAUUGGUUGCGCCGCGUAAGAGAGGCCGACAUAUUCGUGUCGAAAGGAGAGGACAAUGUGGCAUCAGCAAGAGAAAAGAAUUCCAAAUUACCAUGUCGCAUAAACGUAAACCUUGUCGGUCUCGAGUGGUUUGUCUACAACCGCAGCCCGGCAUAUGACUCGGUUCUCGCCGGUAUCAUCGACCCAAAUUCAUCUGGCGAAAGCUCAAGUACUGGGGCAUUUGAUGAAAAGGGUGAUGCAGGCCUACGAUCACGAAAUACGACCCAUGAGGAUUCGUCCGAACGAGCUCCCAUUUCCCGGGAGAAGAGCAACAAACCGCUGAAUGGAAACGCAAGUCGACCUAGCACCGGCUCGAGUAGCGGUAGUAGCGACGAAAGCGAAGAUGACAAAAACGAAGAGCUGCCUUUUAUCCUCAAACUAUUUCCUAUUCAAAUAGAAUGCGAGAAAGCGGCAGCGGUGUUCGGAAAUGAUAAUACGAAGGCAAUUCUCAUCGUGAAAGCCGAUACUCUCUCUGGAGACGUCGAUGCCACGGAGACAACGACUGUGGACCAGUAUCGACAAGUAUUCAAGUUCGAAUUGGAGCAUCCUGUGGUGGAAAUGUUGGACAACCUGGAUUAUAAGGAAGACCAGGCAACACGUGCUAAACGGGAACGGGAGAGCGUGCCUCAAGAACCACAGCAUGUCCCAAGGAAGUCGUAUUUCCGCCAGCAAAGACGCAAGGCGCUUAGUUCCCUGCGAAACUUGGUGCCGUACUGGCGGAGGUCUGUCGAAUCAUUCUCAAGCGAUGCUCGAGCUGGCGGGGGAGUUGUGCCCGCCCACGUCCCCGGAGUUGUCCAAUGGCAAGGUCUAUCACGGUAUCUCGACGACCAAGACAUAGAUGAUAAAACUCGCUGGGCCCCCGUUGAGUAUGCUGCUGUUUCGACCAUACUUGAUAGCCCUUUAUGCCAGUUGACUGUAUUCUGGGAUGCCGUCAGCAAGGUCACUGAAGAAGCUCAUCGCCAGAGGCAACUGGACCCGUCCUUGAACAUCAACGGAUCUGAGCCACCGGCAUGGGGAGUGCGGUUAUCGGUGAAAGGGGGGACAAUGAAUUACGGGCCGUGGGCCGAUAGGCAGAGGGCUGAUUUACAGCGUGUUUUUGUGCCCUCCUUGUCUAAAGAUGGCAGUGCUACCGGUCCGCUUCCUGUUGGCGCAUGGAGAGUACCUACCCAGUUCGACCUGCUGGUAGAAUUGGAAGAUACAGUCACGUUGCGCAUCCCUAUAAGGGAAGAGUCCAAGAACUGGCGUUGGCGUGGUAAAGAGCAUAUGGCCAAGCCGGAUACGGCUCGCAAUACGCGCAAACAUCGGACCAGGGGCAAGAAAAACUCCAAAAGCGAAGCGACCCAGCCUCGCCCUGCCGGAUGGCUCGAAUUCAAGAUUCCUCAAAACUCCACCGUCAGGUAUUACAUGGACAUGGUUGCGAAUUCGGCUGGGUAUAAAAACAAGUGCAACAUUCACUUGCCGACUUCUGAGCUGUGGAGCAGUGUCAAUCACGAUUUGCUCUGGCGAUCUGGUGCUCUGAAAAUCUCAUGCGAUCUGGCAACUCCUCUCUCGUGGAACACGCUACGUAAUUGGCAUUUCAACCUGACCUUUGAUGGCAUGGAUAUGUAUCUCUUGCGAGAUCACAUCUUUUUGAUUGUUGACUUGGUUGACGACUGGGCGGCAGGGCCUCCUGCUGAAUACCUUGUCUUCACACCUUUUCUAUAUCACCUUCAUCUCAGCUUGCAAAACGUCAAAAUAUUUCUCAACGUCAACGAUGGGAAUAUCAUCGACAAAGCCACUGCAAUGGACGAUAAUUCAUUUCUUAUUCUGUCUAGUCCGGAACUGAAAGCCGAAACUUGUAUACCCCUUGACAAGUUUCGACCAAGCACAAACAGCAUUCCUUUUGACGUCCGAGCGGACACUCUUGACUUGACACUUCAUACCUCUCAGUCUAGUACCCAAGCGACUUUUGUGAAAUCCAAGGAACUAGGACAUAUUGAGGGCUUGGGGGUUAAUGGAAGCUAUCAAUACAACGCCACGACUUCUCCAGCCAACACAGACACUUUGGUCUUGAACGUCCACGCACAAUCACCAUGCGUUUCCCUCUACGGAUUCUUGGUCCGAUACAUCAUGGUACUUAAGGAUAAUUAUUUCGGAGAGCAUGUUCAUUUCAAAACUCAAGAUGAAUACCAGGAGCAACUGCAGGCCAAGAUACAGAAUCCGGAUGCUGAGAUGGUGGCCAUCCGCCCCCCUCCUAAAAAGUCGAAUGAUAUGGAUGUCAUUUUGGCCAUUAGAGUGGACGAUCCUCGCCUACUGGUUCCAACUAAUAUCUAUUCUGCCAAGCGCUAUUUGCAGGGCGAACUGGCCUCAUUGUCUCUGGACUUGCGCUUUACAAACUAUUAUAUGGAUAUGGAACUUGAUAUAAGCCCAUUGAGUCUGUCCUUGGGCAGCUCCGAUAGCGAUUUGGAUUCUCCCAGUAUGUCGUCCUCCAGCACGCAGCUGUUUAUUGAUGGUAUUCGAGUAUAUGGCCACCGCACAUUUGGCCUACCUCCAUCAGAACCAACGUACCUUUGUAACUGGGAUGUUUCUGUUGGCACCGUUGCCGGAGAAUGCACACCCGAUUUUCUGGCGGCUUUAACCAAAGCAGGACCAGCAUUUGGAUUUACAUUUGAUGAUGUGGAGAACGCCCUUGUCCCGUAUUCCUCUCUAAUCUUCUACGACGUAACGUUUGUCCGUGUUGCCGUCCAGUCAAUCCGCCUUUGGAUACACGUGGAAGAGAGCGUUUUCUGCUUCUCCACCGACACUAUCGACGUGAAUAGCAAUGACUGGGCCCGGUCACAUUAUUCUAAGCGGGCAAACGUGCUCAUACCAAAUAUUCAGUUCUCAUGUAUAAAUGCAGAGUCAGCGGCGAGACACAAAGCGCGUCCGCAGCACCCUGUUGAAACCCAAGCAUAUCUGAGGACCGAUGUUCGACUUGCGACUGUUGGAAGGAAAUUCCACUUCACGGAGGAGCGCAAAAUCCAACAAGAUCUAAUCUACCGUGAGGAUCAGCGAACAGACCGAACGCCGUUCUUAAUUCUUCCUGGUACAGGUGGCGAUUAUAUCCCCGAGCAGGUCGACCCUCCUGCGCAGUGCAUGCCACCACCUCCCCCUCCACUCGGUGAAGCUGAGUACGACAAGAUCUCGGCUCCGAGUACAAUGAGCUCCCGCUCGCGGAGGGUGACUCGCCAAAAAUCGUUUGUCUCCUUCGCUAGUACUUCAAGUAGUAGCAGCUUUCGUCUCAACAGUCCUCGCACCAUGCGUAGACCAUCGAAAUUUGGUGACAGUUUGUCGAUACGAUCUGCGGCUAUGAGAGGUUCUCGCUCUGAAUUUGACAAGGGCGAGCAGUCUGUUUCACCCGGUAGACGGUCUUCCUUCUACAGUACCGUUGGCGAUUUUUCAGCACAUGAAAACCCUGAGCAGUCGGCCAUUGCUUUUUCAAGUCAGUAUUUUACGCCAAAUUUCCCCCUAGAGGGUGUCAGACCAGAUUCUCGAGACGCGACUUUCCCACCUAUUGAACGCGAAGAUAUGGACUUUUUUAAUCGGUUGAAAACGAACCUGAACGAUAUUGAUCCCGAUGAUCUCAGUGAAAACCACGCACAGUCAAGCACCAUCAUCGAAUUCCCCUCUGGAAUAAGUGCCUUUGUUACGCCUGAAGCUGUGCGUCAUGCAACUAUUCUGCUGGCCGCCCUGCAGCCAACUGAGCCCGAAGAUGUACUGGAUUCUCUCCAAUCCAGCACCAUAACGGACAUUUUCAAGUCUAAAAAGGAGGCAAAUAUCAGCGGGGAGAUGACUGAUAUUAUGGUCAAGGUGCCUAGAAUCAAUGUUCGGUUUCUCAACUCAUCAACACUAGACUCGCCAGAUCCGUCCGAGGAAGAGCUAGAUCAGUAUGACUUGACGAUAUGUAAAGUCUCUCUUGUGACUCGAACUACAAAAGAGCGGGGUGUCGUCAAUUCCAGGACCUCGCUAGAUCUGCGUCUAGGAUCCGUCGAGAUGUCUGCCUCGGAGCGCCUUUCGUCUGUCCACAAACCACAAGCAGCUGUGGUGCUGCAAAUAGACGGCGUUAGAGUCUCUUUGGGAGCUAAAGAAAUCACAUAUUUUGAUGCCGAUAUUGGUUCAAUCGCUGGAAGAACUGCAUCUGGCAAGAUUGAAUAUCUUGCUUCUUUGAUUCAUCGCACGGGAAUUGUCGCUUCAGAGUUAGAGCGGCUGUUAACAGAAGUCAAUGAGCACCAUUCUACCUGCAUCAAAUACUUUGUUCUACGUCUCUUACAGGUGGGAGAGGCAACAAACGACCCUGCUUUCCUCAUCAGGCCCUCGGCGGUUCUGAGAUCUGCACCUCAGCACUUGAGAACGGUUGAUUCCUGGAAGAUGAUAACACGACUUCGUCAAAUUUGGGAUACUAAGAACGAAAUAGAAAAAUCCCGCCUGAUACAAGAAUGCUGGGGCCAAUCACCAGCUCUCCCACCCGAUGCAGCUCAACGUGUAGUGAACUCUUUUGAGAAGUGGAGAAACUGGGACUUGGGAAAUGUUUCAAGUACUCUCCUAUUAAAGAAAGUCUUUGGCGAUACUCAGCCAAAUGAUGGCAAAGAGGAAGAACUAUACCCUCUCCUUGGUGCCUGCAAGCUUGGCAAAAUCUGUCUGGUGCUUGAUCCAGGACCAAAGGAAAACAAAAUUGGAUUUGUAGACCUCAGUGCAAGAGUCGAGAGAAAACUGGGCGAUCCUACUACUGCCGUUUUAGGGACUAUUCCUGUAACGGUGUUGAAUAUAUGCUGCGGUAAUGCCUCGCUCAACUUGAACUGGGAGCUGUGUGUUCUGGCAGACGAUAUCUUGCGAUUAUACAACAGAAGUCAGAGUCAACGUCCACCACCGCCAUCUCCUGUUCAGAAGAUAGUUCCGGAACCCGCAAAACCGCCAAAGAAAUCAUCUGCCUUUCACAUUGCUCUGGAACUAAUCAAAGGAUCCAUUGAGCUUGAAACAGUCAACUUGAGUGCAAAGACUCUGGGUGAUGGACUGAAGGCAUCUUUACUGACAUUUGAUACGACGGAUGGCGCAACCCUCACUAGUCUGAUGAUCAACUGCGAUGCUGUCACUUCUUCGCUGAAGAGUCAUUCACAUCCGCUCGGAAGGUCCCAAUUCUUAAAGCCGAGUCUCUGUGUCUCCCAUGAACUGCGAUCGGCCGAUGAGGCGGCAGCGCACAAGGUCAAGGCGACGGCCAGUAGCCAGAGCUUGAAUCUUGCCGUGAAGCAGGAUCCCAUCGGUCUUAUGGAAGUUCUCGACCUUCUCUUCAGAGAUGAAAUUGCCCAACUCUACCGCUUAAAGACACAGCUUCCAGACUCCCCAGUGCGACCGCAGUCCCCCGUGGAGAAGGUCAAUCGCCCACCGAGCUUCAGAAUUAAUAUUGCCACCUUCUUGGAUGCUUACGAGAUUAGACUACCUCUGGUCCCGACUCUAACGUAUCAAAUAUCUGGUGUCGUGGCGCGGGCAGCGUGUGCGGCCAACUCGUCCAAAGAAAUCAUCUUUGACUUUGACGUCAAGGAGAACUCCCAUGAGAUGCAAAUUAAUGUCAAGAACGACUCUCGCACUAUAUCUCUGUUGCAGAUACCGCCUACCAAUGGACGCGUCACACUGAGCCAAGGACAAAACGGGGAAAGCAUCUUAAAUGUACUCUGCUCUGUGGAAGUAAUGCGUCUCGAUGCAUCGGCAAUAUAUAACCUUCUCACAGCGCUGAACCGACCCCAGAUUUCUACCGCCAUUGAGGAGGUGCAGCAGCAAGCCAAGUCCAUACAGGAACAUGUAGAAGACAUCUUUGGAACCAGCGAGACGACAGAGACGACAGAGGUCCAAAAGCCAAGCUCGAAUCUCGUGUACGCCGUCCACCUUGCUUUUGCUGGACUGCAAGUUGCCGCCAAGACGUCACUGAAAUCUGAUACCGAGGCGAUUGCCCACGUACUCUUUUCUAUGGAUAAAGCAUAUCUACGGGCAUCCAAUCGCCAUGAAAUCCACGGCCCUAUUCUCAAGUAUCCAGAGGUCCAUUUGAACCUCAGACACAUUGGAUUUGACAUUGAAAGGGGCACUGAGGGCAACAUGAGGUCAUGCGGAAACUUUGGUGCUAGUUUUACAGUAUCAGCCAGCUCUAGCCCUGGAGAUGAUGGCAAGGAUGAGUGGUCGUUCAACUUUAGAAGCGAUGACUUUGACGUAAAUAUGUCACCGGAGACGACCUCUACGGCCGUUGACGUUCUGGGUUACCUCGGAACGAAGAUCAAGGACCUGGAUACGUCGCGAGAAUUGGACUACCUGAGGAAACUCAGACAGUCUAAGCCUCGCAUCUCCAUUAACGAUGAUGAGGUACUGCCGGAGUAUACGGAUAUCCUCGAUUCUAUCUUGGGGUCGGUUGUAUAUCGCUUCGAACUGCGCAACAUCCGGGCUUCCUGGAACGUUGCCGACGAAAGCGGCCACCAGGAAAGUGAUGAAGAGGACCUGGUGCUGUCCAUCAGGCUCAUUGAAUUCGGUACGAGGACCAAGAGGUCCGCGCGACUGGCUAUAGAAGACUUUCAGCUGCAGACCGUACCGCCUGGCCAAGACCGGAAUAUUAGAUCUGUGCACUCUGCGCUUCUUCCGCAAAUCAUUUUCAACAUUGCCUACUUUUCCACCCCAGACGCUCGUCGUCUAGCAUUCCAAGCUGUGGGCGCAUCGUUGGAUUUGAGAUUGACGUCGGCAUUUAUCGUCCCUGCUGCAAACUUGGUUGAAUCAAUAUCGUUAUCAGCAAAGAAUGUGCGGCGGGCGUCAGUGCAGUGGAAUACAGAGGCGGCGCAGAACAAUAACAAUACCGCCACCAGCAAGAAGCCUGCGACUGCACCAAAGACAGAGAAUUCACGGAGCAUCUUUGGUAACAAACGACUUGAGAGCUUGCUCGUCGACGCUGAUUUUGCAGGUGCUGUUGUCUAUGUAUCAAGUGCGAAGGGUUCUGCUCGACCCCUACGAAACGACCGCCCAUCACUGGCAGGGAAAUAUGGCCAAUUCACUACGGAUGACACAGGAAGUGGCGCAGUUCUACGCAGUCCUGGGCUUGCGUGGAAAGCAGAAUAUCGGGACAACGGCAAGGAUGACCCUGCAUUGUCCGGCGAAGUCAAGAUCGAUGCUUCGAGCAAUAUUCUUUACCCCUCGGUUGUUCCGCUCAUCAUGGAUAUCGUGGCGAGCGUGAAGGAAGUCGUGAGGAAAGACAAUGACAACGAACCAGCCCCGAAACCCGAGCCGCCGAAAUUGAAGCCUGAGAAGACUGGUGAUGAGGAUAACAUCCUCACCGCAGAUCCCAGUGCGGUAUUGGGUCGCGUCAAACUGAAUCUGGGCCUACGCAUUUGCAGACAGGAAUUUUCACUAAGCUGUCAGCCAAUAGCCCGUGUUGCUGCCACGACAAGCUUUGAAAGCGUCUACUUUACGCUCAACACGGUCUCUUCGCAAGAGCACGGUAAUUUCUUUGCCAUAUCUGGUGUUCUUUAUAAGCCACAGGCUUCAGUGCAGCAUGUAUACUCAAGAGAAUCGACUGCAAGUUUCGAAGUCGACACAGUCACCCUUUCAUUCAUGAAUAGCAAGCACGUCAGCGGCACAAGUGGUGUUUCGGCCAUCCUGAGUGUGAGCCCCAUGAAGGUCUCCAUCAACGCCAAACAAGUGCAAGACUUUUUACUGUUCCGUGAAAUCUGGUAUCCAAAGGACAUGAGAAGUGCAGACUCCGCAGCACCAGUUCCAAAGCUAGUUACGGAAACAUCGCAGGGACACUUGGUUCAGAGAUAUCAGCAGGUGGCUGCUACAGCAGCUUUCCCCUGGACGGCGACUAUAUCCAUCGCGGCCCUUGAUGUCAGCGUUGAUAUGGGGCAGGCGAUUGGUAAAUCCGUCUUUGAGAUCAACAACUUCUGGGUAUCGUCCAAGAAGACGUCAGACUGGGAGCAAAACCUCUGCCUGGGCUUCGACAAGAUUGGUAUUGACUGUACCGGUCGUCUGAGUGGCUUCAUUGCCUUGCGGCACUUCCGACUGCGGACCUCGAUUCAUUGGCCGAAGCGGGAAGAAGCACUCAAUGAAACACCUCUUGUACAAGCCUCCAUCGCAUUCAAUGAGCUACGUGUCAAGGCUGCAUUUGACUAUCAGGCCUUUUUAAUUGCAGACAUUACCUCGUUGGAGUUUAUGAUGUACAAUGUGAGAGAGAGCAGUGAUGGGCGAGGAGACCGCCUCGUGGCGAUUUUUGAUGGCGAUGCCGUGCAAGUAUUUGGCACAGCGACGUCAGCUGCUCAAGCCGUCGCUCUCUACCAGGCUGUACAGAAGCUUAUGCAGGAGAGGAGAGAGAACUUUGAGUUGUCGCUCAAGGAAAUUGAAAAGUUUAUGAGACGAAAAUCUUCGGCGUCACCCAUUUCGCUCGACACGGAUGUUGUCGUCACACUAAAGGCACUUAACCUGGGCGUGUUCCCCAAUACGUUUUACGAUCACCAGGUGUUCAAGAUGGAGGCGCUCAACGCGUACGCACGAUUUGCCGCCAGCAUUGAGCAACGACGAGUACACAGCAUCCUAAGGAUGACUCUGGGACAGCUUCGGAUUGGAUUGGCAGGGGUUAGGAACAUUGAGGCCCCCAAGACGCUGAGCGAAAUGUCUGUGGAAGAUGUGGUGCAGCGGUCUACGGGAUCGCGGGGUGGUACAAUCCUCAAGGUACCGAGAGUUGAAGCGGCGAUGCAGACAUGGCAAACGCCGAACAGCAACCACAUCGACUAUCUGUUCAAGAGCGCCUUUGAAGGCAAAGUCGAGGUUGGCUGGAACUAUUCCCGCAUCAGCUACAUCCGAGGCAUGUGGGCGAAGCACAACAAGUCGCUGGAAGAGACAUGGGGUCGGCAGCUGCCCCUGACGGCAGUCAAGAUCACGGGUGUGCCGGAAGCUGAAGAAGGGCAGCGUGAGGGCGGCGAGCAGCAAAAGAUUACGGCCGAGGUGAAUGUGCCACAGUCCAAGUAUGAGUAUCUCGCGCUGGAGCCUCCCAUCAUCGAAACGCCUCAGCUGAGAGAUAUGGGAGAGGCUACGCCACCGCUGGAAUGGAUUGGGCUGCACAGAGAUAGGCUGCCGAACUUGACUCAUCAGAUUGUCAUUGUGUCGCUGCUGGAGUUGGCGGGAGAGGUGGAAGAUGCAUAUUCGCGGAUUUUGGGUUCGUCCUAG